AUGGACCUCUCUGUUUUGCCAAACAACAACCAUCCUGACAAAUUCCUACAGCUUGAUGUGAAGUCUUUAGUGAGGAACUCGGCCCUGCUUCAAGCCAGCCUGGCAAAGUUUCCGGGUGGGUACGAUCCUACAGCACAACACUGGCAAAACCUCGUCUACUCGCAGAGAGAAAAAAAGAAUUUUACUGCUCAAAGAAUUAAGCGAUCCAGUAUAGCUGGCUCCAUUGCUGCAAACAGCCUCUCAUCAUCCCUGACUUCAGUUCUGAAGAAUAAUCCACUCUAUGGUGACAUCAGUUUGGAAGAAGCUAUGGAAGAAAGAAGAAAGAGCCCUUCAUGGACCAUUGAGGAAUAUGACAGGCAUUCUCUACACACAAACCUCUCAGGGCAUCUGAAGGAAAAUCCCAAUGACCUCCGGUUUUGGUUGGGAGACAUGUACACGCCUGGUUUUGACACCUUAUUGAAAAAGGAAGAAGAGCAAGAAAAACAUUCAAAAUACUGUCGCAUCGGUCUGAUUUUACUUCUUGUUGCUUGCGCUUUGGUUGCCAUAGUGACUGUUAGCUCUUUGUUAACCUAA